CAUUGCAGUGAGUUUUUUUUUUUACGUUUUGUCUUUUUCGACGUGUUCCUUCUCACUGAUGGCAACCUCCGCUCGUUAACACCGAGGUGUCGCGCAAGUGCCGCCCGGCUGGGGAGCGCACUAAGCGGUGUGCCGGGCCAUGUGAGCACCGGCGAACCGGAACGAUUGUGCCGCCGCCGCCGCCGCUGCUCGCUCGCUCCUGACCCACAUUUCUCCUCUCCGCGUCGGCCAAAGAGGACGUGAACCACGGCGGGGGGGAGAUUGCUGCUCUUGUUAGCCGGGCGCCGCUGCGCACGAUCGGUGCGCUCCUUGCAAAGAGCAACCUGCGCCCGGGCAGCGUCCGAGUCUACAACAGAGCGGCGAGUUGACGUGCGUCGUGCAGGCUGCAGCUGACGGCGGGGGAGCAACCAUGAAGACGCCGGUGAUCGCGGCGCUGCUUCUGCUUGUCACCAGCCUGUCACCGACGGCCUGGUGUGCAGAGGUGGAGGAGCGCCUGGUGAGUCAGCUCCUGUCAGUGGAGCGCUACAACAAACUGAUCAGACCGGCCGUCAACACCAGCCAACAAGUCACCAUCUACAUCCAAGUGUCGCUCGCCCAACUCAUCAACGUGAACGAGAGGGAGCAGAUCAUGACCACCAACUGUUGGCUCACUCAGGUGUGGCACGACUACAGGUUGAUGUGGGACCCCGACGAGUACGACGGCAUCAAGAAGAUCCGCCUCCCGACGCAGCACAUCUGGCUGCCCGACAUCGUCCUCUACAACAACGCUGACGGCACCUACGAGGUCUCCUUCUACUCCAACGCCGUGGUCUCCAACAACGGCGAGGUGGCCUGGCUCCCUCCGGCCAUCUACAAAUCGGCCUGCAAGAUCGAGGUUCGCGACUUUCCCUUCGACCAGCAGAACUGCACCCUCAAGUUCCGCUCGUGGACCUACGACCACACUGAGAUCGACCUCAUCCUCCUGAGCGACUUCGCCAGCCGCGACGACUUCAAGCCCAGCGGCGAGUGGGACAUCGUGUCGCUGCCGGGGCGCAAGAACGAAGACCCCAACGACGUCCGCUACCUGGACAUCACCUACGACUUUGUCAUCAAGAGGAAGCCUCUCUUCUACACCAUCAACCUGAUCAUCCCUUGCAUCCUCAUCACCUCCUUGGCCAUCCUAGUCUUCUACCUGCCCUCGGACUGCGGCGAGAAGAUGACCCUGUGUAUCUCCGUGCUCCUGGCGCUCACCGUCUUCUUGCUCCUGAUCUCCAAGAUCGUGCCGCCCACGUCCUUGGCGGUGCCGCUGAUCGGGAAGUACCUGAUGUUCAGCAUGGUGCUGGUCACCUUCUCCAUCGUCACCAGCGUGUGCGUGCUCAACGUGCACCACCGCUCGCCCAGCACGCACACCAUGCCGCCUUGGGUGAAGCGGGUCUUCAUGUACCGCCUGCCCACCUACCUCUUCAUGAGGAGACCCGGCCGCUCCAACACCCGCGAGAGGUUCCGCAAAAAACACCAGCUGCGGACCUUCUCGGAGAAGAAAGACGGAGGGUUGGGCAUCUCCUCCCCCUCCUUCUACGUCAACGAGGAGUCGGCCAAACGCUACGGCUGGACCUUCGGCGACUUGGCGGACAACGCGGAGCUCAGGAGGAGGGCCACGCUGAAGAGAGGCAUCGACGUGGAGGACGCGGUGGACGGCGUGCGCUACAUUGCGGACAAGAUGAAGAGUGAGGAUGACGAUGAAGGGAUCAUUGAGGACUGGAAGUACGUGGCGAUGGUCAUCGACCGUCUCUUCCUGUGGAUCUUUGUGUGUGUGUGCGUGGUGGGCACCCUGGGUCUCUUCAUGCAGCCUCUGUUCCAGAGCUACAACACCCCCGUUGUUGAAGACUUAGACCAGAACUAAAUCUGAUAAACACAAUCUACCUUCAAAUCCUUCUUCCUUCUUCCCAGAAGCCAACACAUGAACCUCUGAUGAUGCACUUUAACCCUCUGCCUCCAGCAUCUGUUCUCCCCCCACCUGCUUACCCCCGCUCAUCAGGAUAUUCAUCAAGGUAUUGAUCAUGUGAGCCUGAUCCACAUGAUUGCUGACAUCUGGGGGCCAUCUUACCAUUGCUCUUAUAACAUCAAUGAUCAUUCUUACUGGCAGGGCAUCAGUAGGAGGGGCUCAGUUCUUGUUUUUGGAGCUCUGUUUUAGACUCUUUUUGUCCAAUCUAAGCUAGUAAAUAUAGCAGAAUAUAAAGAAUGUAGUAAUAUGUCACAAACACUGCCCAAUCAGAUCCUUACUUGAUGGUCUUUGGUCCCGUGAUUGAAAAACAACAACUUGAACGCUGA